CAUCUUGCACUCCAAUUGACCGCUCGUGAACUCGGACUUGGGCCUCGAUAAGCCACAAUCGCUGACCGCGGCAACCCACGUUGGCCCAACUCAUUCGUCCGUACCGACGUCAAUCAUCCGAUUCUGCGUUGUUAAAUGUCAGACGUGCCGGCCGCAAUUAUCCACCUAUAGCAGCAUUGGCUUUCGCGCUGCUGUCGACUACUAUACAUAGUAUUUAUAUAUUGCCGUUGUGGAUGACGACGUGCUGGGCGCGUACGCAUCUUCAUAGUUGAAUCUUCCUUCGCGCGGUCUUUAUAUUUGACAUCGGUCCUCCGGAAGUGUCAUCAUGGCCUACAUGCCUAGUGGCAACCCUAGUGGUGAGGAGAACAACAAUGAUUCAUCGGGCGGGAGUCCUAAUACGGCGAUGAUCAUUUUAUAUAGUAUUACCGGAAUUAUCACCGUCCUCUUCCUCGCCAUCAUCAUUACCGGUGCCAUCCGCGCUCAUCGUCAUCCCGAACGCUAUGGCCCCAGAUACGCCAUCGGACGAAGGAGUCGUCAAAGUCGAGCACGAGGUAUAGCCAGGGCGAUGUUGGAAACCAUACCCAUCGUCAAGUUUGGCGACGAACCUCAAGGCAAACCCGAUCCCGCCAAAGAUGAUGUGGAGAUGGGAAUCCCGGAGUCUGGAGCAGAAGCCCCUGCCGAUGAGCAACGCAAGGAGACAACCCCGGCUCGUGACACCGUCCAACCUGCGUCACCCGAUGAAGUUCCGUCGAAAGAUGAGAAACGAUCGAGUGCAACACCGUCCACCCCCGACGCCGGUAACUUUUCAUGCCCGAUCUGUACGGAUGACUUUGUCAAGGGACAGGAUUUGCGGGUUCUUCCUUGCAGCCACAAGUUCCAUCCCGACUGUAUCGAUCCAUGGUUGGUGAAUGUGUCUGGAACGUGUCCAUUGUGUCGCAUUGACCUCAACCCUCCCCAAGAAGAACAGGAGGAGGAGGAGCAGCAGCAGCAGCAAGGCACCGACGGUCACCCUCAAAUACGCGAUCCAACGCCGGAACGGCAGACACGUCAACGACGGCUUACCGGCUACUUCUCAAGCACAUUGAACGCACGUCGCAUGCGGGAGGCCACGGUUGAGGAACGACUAGCCGCUCUUCGGACCGUACGGGAAGAGGCCAGGACCAACGGGGAGACCGAAGAUGCUGACGAGCAACGACACCGGAAUCGACUGUCUACCCGACUCCGCGAGCGCUUCCGGAUAAGGACUCGCACGCACGGUGACGCACAGCCCGAGCCUCCACAGUGAUGGAUAUUGUAUAUUGCAUGAUUUCUGGUAUAUGGUUAAUGAUGGAUUGUAUGAUUGAUUGGUUUUGGCGUUGGUUGGCGUCCUUGACGAAAAUGCUU